AUGGGUUUCAACAAGGAUGGACAGGCAGUCUAUGAACUAUACCGCUAUACGCCCUCUCUCGCGGCUGCAGUUCUCUUCACUGUUCUAUUUGUUUUAGCAACUCUUCAUCACUUUUACCAGAUCGUCCGUACGCGAUCCUGGUAUUUUAUAGUCUUCGUUAUCGGAGGAGUCUUUCAAAUCAUAGGUUAUAUUUGCCGCGCGCCAGCCCAUAAAGACAAAGAGAAUAUCCCGCUUUACUCAAUCAGUACUAUUAUGAUACUCCUUGCCCCUCCUCUCUAUGCAGCCUCGAUAUAUAUGACUCUCGGUCGUCUCAUUGUGCAUUUGGACGCCGAGAAGUUAAGUAUGGUGCCAGUGAAAUGGCUUACCAUAAUUUUCGUCACUGGAGACGUGAUUGGGUUUCUGAUGCAAGCGGCAGGCGGGGGAAUCAUGGCAAGUGGAACUCUUAGCUCGAUAAACACCGGCGAACAUAUCACGAUCGGCGGUCUCGCCAUACAAUUGGUGUUCUUCAGCGUUUUCAUCAUUGCUUCAACAAUCUUUCACCGCCGGAUUCGCAAUAAUCCCACCGAGAAGUCUGUCAGCCGAUCAAGCUCAUCUGGAGUAACGAGCAUGGCUACUUGGGAAACCAUCAUGAUUGGGCUAUACAUCGCCAGCAUUCUGAUUCUCAUUCGUUCGAUUUUCCGACUCAUUGAAUACGCCCAGGGCAACGAUGGAUACAUCAUCAGCCACGAGGCAUUCAUGUACGUCUUUGACUCAACUUUGAUGUUAUUUGCUAUGAUUGCCAUGAGUAUUUUCCACCCAUCGAGGAUUCUGUCUCAACCAACGAAGCCACCGCGAGCUUCGAGAAGGUCGCGUUCAGCAAACAAAGAAUCGCCUCUGUUCCCCGAGGUGGAGGUACAAGACCCCAGAAGCUACUUUGGGCUUCCUGGGGGCUACUUGGCUCCUGGAAGCGGCUUCUUUGCCCCCAAAAACCGUACUGAGGCCCCUGGAAGCUACCUUGCUGAUUCUAAGAAGUUGACGACAGAUUUCUUCUUGACAAUUCACAACCAGUUGAGUACCAAACAGAUAGAGAAUACAUCGCCGGACAAAAUCAUGAAGACCUCUGCCACAACAAUCAUUACCGUGCUCAUCGUUGCUGCUGAAGGAGUCUAUGCGCUUCCGAGCACUGGUACCACACCGCUGAGGAACGAGGCAAGCAAACAGUAUAUUCUUAUUGGGUCUCGAGCGAUCACUCCGAUGUAUCUCAAUGAUCCGGAGUUCGCGGCUGUCCUUGCCAAUCAAUUCAACAUCCUCUCUCCCGAAAAUAAGAUGAAAUGCUCCGAAACCGGGCGUGAUCACGGAGAUCGCAACUCCUACGAGGCGCUCGGAUUGGAGGUGGCAAUCGCUGAGCUGGAUGAUCACACGCUCGACAACGCGAUCGAGGCUAAUAUCUACGGCACCGUCUUCAGCGAGUCUCCCAACGCAGGAAUCACCAACCUUAGCAUCUGGGGCUUUACGGAUAAGCACGCUUACACCUGGGUGCAGGGCGCAAAGCCAUUGAUGUUCGACCAGUGCUACAAACCCAAGAGUGAGUUUUACGCCACUCACGCUGCUCUCACCAACUUCGUCAACCGUUCCUAA